AUGAGACGCUCCUCGUUCAAGGCCAAGGCCAAGGUGGCAGAGGAGACAGUCGUGGAGGAGAAGGAAGCUGAAAAGGCAGAAGAGCUGGAGGAGGAGGAGGCCGCUCAGAAGCAGGCCGACCCCGACAAGGUCAACCCAGAGUGCACCCAAGCAAGGAAAAUCAACCGCCCUCGGUGCUGUUUGUGCAUCAACGGUGAGUCAAUCUGGUCCCAGGAUGGCAGCUGCAAACACUGCAUGGAGAGCGGCAAGGGCAUCAGAGAUUGCUCGGAGGUGGAUGAGGGUUGCAUUCCGGGCUCCGUCAGCUGGCCCCUGAAGUACAAGGAGCCUGAGGGCGGGCACGGUCAUGGCGGAGAAGGGGAGGCACAUCGUGUGCAUGGUGGAGCAGGAGAGGCGCAUUACGGUGCAGGAGAGGCCCAGGCACAUGGUGGCGAAGGAGCGGCACACGCCGAAGGAGAGGAGAAAGAAAAGGAUUGGAAUGAGGAGGAUGACAGUCGAGGUGAAAUCUGCGCUGAGUCGUGUGCUGAACGGUUUGUCACCAACAUCUCCGGGGAGAUGAAGAUCCCCCGCGCUCGGACACCGCAAGAAGCCUUGAGGCUGACCAAAGAAGCCGAAGCAGAAGCUACCAAAGAGGCGAAAGUUGCUGCACAGCAAGAAGAGGUGUCGAAGGAAAUGGCGGAGCACGGUGACGAAAUUGGAGCUCCGGAGACUCCCGGGACUCCGGAGACUCCGGGGACUCCGGAGACUCCGGAGACUCCGGCGUAA